AUGGCGUCGGUGCCUUCCAUUGGUUGUCUUCUGGCCAAAAAUCAGUAUUAUCGAAAGUUCAGUGUUUCUUCAGUUAGUUCUGACACUGUUAAUUUCAAAGUUAACAAAUGCCAGCAAGGAUUCCCAAAGGGGGCAGAGUGCACCUGGUGGUUUAAGUCCUUUUUCCAUUCGGAAUCUGUGGUCUGGAAUGUGAGAAGCAAAGAUCUGUCUUCUGGUGGUAGCCUCAGUGGCAAGAGCUGA